AUGGCCAGCUAUCAGAAUGGACAGCCUUACUACUCCCAGAAUAAUCACCCGUCCUCAUCUCAGAAUCCCGCGCAUCCUCCCUACGCCUCCCACCCAUCCUAUCCCACCCAACCCAUCCAACGGACACCCAGUUUCGAUGCUGGGGAUGACCAUCGACUGGCUGAUGCUCAAGACCCUCAGAUGCGCUUCGGAUCAGGAUAUCAAACAUACGCUUCGUCUGCUGGAGCCGCCAGUCCCCCAAUGAACCGUUCUCAGUCCGCAAGCUACCACCCCCCUCCUUCCUCGUCGACGGUGCCUUUUAGAACAAACACCCAACACUCAGCCCUCAGUGGCUAUCAGCAUCAAUAUCAGCAACCGUCUCCUCCCUCCCAUCAGUCCUACAAUCCCGCUCAGUACCAGCAGCAACAGUCUACAUACAAUGUCCAGACGUAUGGAACCCCUCAAUCUGCUCAUCCUGCUUCCAAUCCAUACCAGCCCUACGUGCCUGCGGCCUACGGUGACCCCAAUCUCACCCGGCAGCCCUCUGUCUACAACACAAACAGCUACGGGUACUUCGACACCAAUUCACAGUCCAGCUAUUCUUCCCAGCCGCCUCCACCGCCACCACGCGGGGAUGGCUUCUCAUAUGCACAACCUCAAGCUCAGCAGUAUGGCGCUUAUCAACAUGAUUCCGCCCAACAAUAUCCUGUCCGCCAUCCCGGUAGUGUCUCCCCAGGUCAGACCCAUCAGGCCUACUCUCCAUCUCCUCCGCAGCCUCCACCACACGACACCUCAGUGACGAAUCGAGCCUACCACCAGUCAUCGAGCAUUCCCGAAGAAGGGUACCCUUAUGCAUCAGGAUCAACGGGUCAACAUCAGAGUUCCAGUCUCACAACCUUCUCAUCCCCCGAUAUCAACCGGAACUCGUCAUUUGCAAGCCGCAUGAGUGGGCGGACUCCAUCCCCCCAGCCUUAUUCCUCCAACCCUCCGAGUAGACAACUUUCCAACAGGUCUCCACAACGGAAUAACACACUUGAUCGUCAUCCUCAGGGAAGAUCACUUCCAGGUGUCCCAUCAGGCUCAGAAUCGGACAACGAUCGCUUGAAUCAUGUGGGAACCUCGAAUGCGGGCUCGCGGAAUGCCGUGUCGCCUGGUUACGAUGAUCUGAUUAACAGCCUUGACGCCGCUAUAGGCGGCUCUUCCCAGCCCACCCACAAUCAACGAUUUGCAGAUGCCAGAGAUCAAGGCUCUGAUGCACGCUUUCAGCAGCCCUCGCCACAGCCUCAGCUUUCGCCGGAUGAGGUCCCCACCCAUCUCAAUGGCACAAUCGCCUCGACAGGAGAUACAUAUAUCAACUAUGGUGCAUUCACAGAUGAUAGCGACGCAGAGGCUGCUGCUGGCCUAGCUGCUUUGAACGCCCUUGAUGAGCAAGAACGUGCUGAGGAUGCGCGAAGACGCAGUGGUACUCAGGGCUCCGCCACUCUUUUCCCAAGCCAUUCUCACUCCACCGACACAGUUCCUCGUCUGUCUUCCCAGGAGCAGAGUAGUGACAGCGAUUAUACUGGCUAUGAUCUCAGCGGUGCUGCCGGUGGAAGCUAUGGACCAGACCUGUCUUUUGGCAGCUCAUCUCAAUAUAAUGCACCCACUACGAUGCCCCAAAGCGAUUUGUAUGGACGAUUAAACACCCGCAUGAGCUCAGUUCGAAGUUCCGGGGUGUCUUCUGAAGGACGCGAGUCCCAGACAAGCGGUUACGACUCGAUUCCUCCUGCCGAGGAUCUACAUCCUUUCUCUCCAAUCCGUAAUGUUGCCAGAGUGGACACUGGAGGCACGGGGGGUUUGACAGAACCCAGUCCCCAUCCAAGACGAUUGAGCUACGAAGAUGGUGACGAGGCAACAUUGAUGGAUUCGGACAACGGACAAGCCUCUGGGGACACAAGUCCAUCACGCGAGUCGAUGCCUGACCUCUUCUUCCAUCCAGGCAUGAGCCAACAGCGGCCACUGCCACCUCCUCCGGCGCAUUCAGACCCUGGCAUACGAACAAUACCUCAUCUCAUGCCGGCUGGGACUUAUACACAACAAAGCAGAUUUUCUCAAUAUACUGACCCCGGCACUCGAAUAUCAUACCCUGCCGCUCCAGACUCAUAUUCUGCCUCGCUGUUGAGUCCGACUGCUGUACCUCGGUCGACGUCGCUCUCAAGCACACGAAGCGCUCCAAGAAUUGACCAUCCGAUGAGAUCAAAGACUGAAUCUGACCGUGCGAGGCUGCUCCGACAACAACAGGGGCGGCCUAUGUCAGAUAUCUACGACCUUGCGAGCCCUCAAUCUGCGGUGGCACUUGACCUUCCGGCUAUCCCUAAGAAACGAUAUAAUCCGGCGAAAUUGUCCACUGAUCAGUUCAAGAAGUGUUCAGAACCUUGGGCACUCAGCUCUGUCUUGGCAUGGAUCAGAGAGUUGGCAGAGGAAGAAGCAGAUUUGAAGGAGAACAAUAUUGCCGAGGGGCUUGUUGCUCUCUUCAUGCACAAAGUGCCAACCAUGUACAUUACCGAGGCUGAGGCGCUGGGAGAUCGAGUUGUGAAAGAAAUGUUGGCUGCAGGGGCCAUAGUUCGGGAGGAGGAAUGGGUCAAGUUUGGACCCGGCAAUAUGUCUGGCGUUCUUUACCAGCUAAGCGGAACCGGUUGCUAUUCAUCCAAGUUGCAUCUAUAUCACACCAAAGGAAGAUGCUACUCGUACCACUGUAUGAGAACUCUGAAGAAGAUCGACCUCGACACGUUGCCACUUGAAAAGAAGUCCGAAGACUGGGUCACUUACUACAAACUCACCAAGGAAGACCUGGAAGGCCACGACAAGAAAGAUAUCGAACGUCAGAACGUUCUGCAUGAGGUUGUUACGAGCGAAGACCUCUACAUCAGCCAAUUAGAUGUUCUGAGAGUUCUGUACAGAGAUCGACUUUCGGCAUCUCAGCCACCCAUCAUACCGAGUAAAAAGUUGCCGACUUUCUUGAAAGAGGUGUUUGGUGGGAUCGAUAAGGUGAAAAAGGUCAAUCAAGAUUACCUACUGGGGCAGCUCAAAUAUCGGCAAACUGAGCAAGGACCUUGGAUAGUCGGCUUCAGCGAUAUCUUCCGCGAGUGGAUCCGAAAAGCACGACCUGUCUAUGUUGAAUACGCGGCCAACUUUCCUCGAGCGGAUUACCUCAUGCGGCGGGAGGCUGAACGUAACCUUCACUUCAAAACCUUCCUGGACCAAGCUCAGACUGAUUCCCGCUCCAAGAAACUCAGUUGGGACAGUUAUCUAAAAAGUCCCAUCACCAGACUGCAGAGAUACAGUCUCCUUCUCCAGACGGUUCAGAAGAACAUGAUCAAGGAUUCGGAAGAAAAAACCAGCCUUGCGUUUGCGUUGGACGAAAUCCGGGCAGCUACUUUUGAGUGUGACUCGAAAUAUGCCGAAAUGGGCAAAAAGAUGGAGUUGAUCGAAAUGCAGACCAAACUGCGGCUUCGACCACAAAUGGAGAAGGAGGUUGAGCUCAAUCUUGACCAUCUUGGGCGAGAGAUCGUGUUUCGAGGCGACUUGCAGCGUGCAGGAGGGAAGGGUUUUCAAUGGGUUGAAACUCAUGCCAUCCUCUUUGACCAUUAUCUUGUGCUUGCAAAGCCUCUGGCACGUGAUCCACGCCGAGAAGGGUUUUACGACGUGUCCAAAGUUCCAAUUCCGAUGGAUCUACUGGUUCUGGAGGGUGCCCAUGACGCUGCGGUGGUCAAAUCCUCGGUCAAAGGUAUUGGUGCAGUCACAACUGUCGUUCCUCGGAGUCAGGCUGAUAAUCGGAUUUCACGAGCCCAAUCAACCGCUAGUGGUGAGAGAAUUGGUCCUCUGACGCACACAAACACCAACCUUUCGGUUGGCUCGGGGGGUAACAGCCAGUCCAUGGUUACCAUCACCACCUUGGAGUCGAACAGUUCCAAAGAGGAAAAGAUCAUGUAUCCUUUUCGGGUCAAGCAUCUUGGGAAGACAGAGACCUACACUCUCUACGCACCCAGCGCUCAGAAUCGACAAGAUUGGUGCGAAGCCAUCAUCCAAGCCAAAACAAGACAUGCCGAAUCCCUGUUUUCUCAAAAUGCAGAACCGUUCAAAUUACGGGUACUUGCUGACACUGCAUUUGGCUAUGAGGGACUCACAUACCCUGCGAGACGCAUUCUCAUUCGUGGCACACCUCUCGAUAGAGCCAUUCAAGAGACGGAGAAAAGGUUCGAGGGCCAGGGUCGACCCGCACCUGUUUGUCGAGCUCAAGUCAAUUGUGCUACUGUUUUCAAUCAGCCAUACGGCAGACUAAUGUGCGCGAUCGGGACCGAUUAUGGGGUAUACAUUUCCGAGUAUCAAAAUUCUCGGGGAUGGAUCAGAGCCAUCCAAAUGCCCAAGGUCUCGCAAAUUGCGGUCCUGGAAGAGUUCAAUCUCUUCUUGCUCAUAUCAGACAAGGCUCUCAUUGCAUACCAUCUUGAUGUUGUAUGCCCGCCUUCCGGCAACUCUCUUCCACAGGCAGAUGCGUCAAGUCGCAAAGCGCCGCAGAAGCUAUCGGGUUCCAAAGAUAUCGGCUUCUUUGUGACUGGCAGGAUGAAGGAUCGAACCCUGGUCUUCUACAAGAAGAGAGACGGGAUAGCGUCUACAUUCAAAGUUCUCGAACCCGUACUGCAGAAGAGCACAACUAGUCGGUCCCGAUUCCUGCCUUCAGCGUCACGCCGUGGUCAGACUGAAUUUUUCAGAGAGUAUGACGAGUUCUAUAUACCUGCAGAAUGCUACGGGUUGAAUCUCUACCAAUCAAGUCUGGCAAUAUCCACUGCAAGAGGUGUGGAAGUGUUGACACUCGAAAAGAAACAAACCUGGAGUGUGCCAAAUCUGCGCAGCGAUCAACCGGAAACGCAAGCACACCUCAGUUCUAUCGCCACGCGAAUCAAAGACUUGAAACCACUGGGCAUGUUCAGACUGGGCGAUGCUGAGUUCCUGGUGACCUUUGAAGAAUGUGCAGUCUAUGUCAACAAGCAUGGAGAUAUCUCACGUGGAGUGGUCAUGGAGUUCGUUGGCAGGGCGAAGUCGGCUUGCCUGUAUGCGCAGUAUCUCAUCCUGGUGGACGAUGACUUUGUGGAAAUUCGUGACGCUCAGAAUGGGAGACUGAAACAGGUUAUAGCAGGGAAAGACAUCAGACUGCUGGAUGAUGGCGGUGGGGGUGCCGGAGCUGGAGCUGGGCAAACUCAAUCACCAGCAGUGCUAGGAGGAGGAAUCAAUGGACUGGGGCUGAAGAACUUUGGAAAUGCACCGCGAACCCCUAAGAUCGCAUUGCAGCAUCCUGAGUAUGAGAAGAGCCACGUUGUCGUGGAGCUAAUUUUGACAAAGGACGACGAGGAGUAA